UUUGCUGGGCGCUGGUCUCGAAGGGGCGGGCGCGGGAGGUUCCUCCGGAGGGACCGUUACCAAGCUGGGGACGGCUGCGGCUGGAGGCGCAGGGUGAGGGCGAAGUUCGCCCGGUGCGUGCGUUCCCAGCGGGGUCCUCCUCCCCAGGCCGGCGCGGUGCUGCUGGUACUGCUGGUAGCGGCUAGGCAGGAGACCCGCGGGGCUGGGCCGGAUCUUUCCCCUCCUCCGCCGGACUCUCUUCAGCGCGGGCCUCGCGCUGCCGCCCGAGCCUGCCAGGCAGCAGCUGGGCUGGUUCUCACAGUUGCUGUCCCCCCGCCUGAGCCGCUGCAGAAGAGCAGAAGGCAGCCGCCGAGGGUCUUCGGUGCCCGCCGAGAUCCGAGCCAGGAAGGGCGGCGGCGCCGUGGUGGUGACCAUGGUGGGACGUGGGUACCCAGAGCUGUACCGGGAAGAGGGGGUCGGGCCCAGGGUGGGGGGGAUGAGCGGGUCGGGUCGCUGGGGAGUGUCUGCCCGGGCUUUGUGGGCUUGAGAUGGUGGCGCAAUCGGAUCCGCUGCUAGGAGAACAUGGCGGGGGAGUGAAAGGAGCAGCCAGCGGCGCCCCGUGUUGUUACCCGAGCGGGACACGCCCCCUUCCGCCCCCGCUCCAAUCGCCGCGCGGGGACGGCGAGAGCGGCACGCCCCUCCGCCGGGCGCAGCCAAUCCGAGCGCCGCGGCGGCCGCUCCGGCCCCGCCUCGGCCAAUCAGAAGCGACACAAACAGUUGGGGCCCCGCCCGCUUCCGCAGGCCGGCCAAUCCGGACAGACACAAACAGCGGGCACGCCCCAGUCUCCAAGUCACGGGCCCGCAGUGCGAAGCCGGGGCGGUUCUCUGCCUGCGAGCGCUGCCGGCCAAUCGGGCGGCACACAAACAGCCGCGGCCGCGCCUCCUCGCUCCUCGCGGCCAAUCGCGGGGGACGUAAACAGGAGGCGGCGCGCCCCCUGGCGGCUAGCGGCGCGCCGUUGGGCACGCACGCGUCGCCCGCCAUGGAGGUUCCCGGCGGGCAGCCGGCCGCGGCGGCGGCGGAGCGGGAGGAGGGCCCCGGCCGGGAGGCGGCGGGGCUGAGGCGGGACGAGCGGAGCCUGGAGGCGCUGAGCCUGGCCGCCGGCGGCGGGGCGGUGGCGGCGGCGGCGGGGCGGCAGCUGGCAGAGGGGCGGCGGGCGACGCUGGCGAGCGCCCUGGAGCUGGAGGGGACGGUGCUGCGCGAGGGGCGCCUCACGCAGUUCGUAGCCAACAACCUGGAGCGGCGGAUCCGGCUGAGCGGCGCCCCGCGGGGCGAGCCGGCCCCGGCGGCGGCGAGCGGCGGCGGCUCCAUCCCCGCCAUCGACCCCGGCGCGCUGCAGGACGUGGUGGCCCUGGCCGGGCAGGUGGCGGCGCAGGUGGACGAGCUGCUGCGCAACGUGCACUGCGGCCUGCAGGCCCUGACGGCGCUCAGCGUCGGCUGCAUCCAGACGUACCGCGACGGCGUGGAGAGCCUGGGCGAGGCGGCCGACCUCAGCAUCCGCGCCAUGUACGCGCUGGUGGCGCGCUGCGAGGAGCUGGACCGCGCCAUGCAGCCCGUGCCCGCGCUGGCCAAGCGCAUCCGCGACAUGAAGGGCACUCUGGAGCGGCUGGAGGGGCUCUGCAAGUAAGGCCGCCGCCGCCGGGAUACCGAGCGAGGAGCCGCCGCCGCCCGUGCAGAGCCAGCAGCGCUCCCGUUGGGCCUUCGCCGGACGCUGCAGUGGGGCUCGCCCGGGCCCCGGCCCGCCGUCUGCCCGCCUUGCCAGGUUUGCCUCCGGCGGGGCUCGGGCUGCUGCUGUCCCUCUCCUACAGCCCCGCAUACGGCGGCUUCAGCCCUCCGCCUGUACGUCCUUUCCUCUUUCUCUCUGCCCCUGUACGAGACCACCCGAUGUCGGUGGCCAGUUCGCCGGUGUUAAUCGGGAAGAAGUGCAAUGUUGGCAGCCGAUGAAGGAAGAGGGCCCAGUUGAAGUCGCGGGGUAAAUGGCAGGCGGUGCUUUUUAGCUUCGGCUCCAUUAAAGAAUUUGGAUUCCACAUGCCUUAUGCUUUCUAUUUAUUGAGGGCUAGGAAAAACUAACCCACCUUAAUUAAAAUGAGCUGUUAAUAGGGUUUUUAAACCAAAUUUAUGAUGGUUGUGAAUACCUGCUUGAUGCUUAGAGACAUAUGUGCUUAUUUGUAGUUGACUUAGUGCCUGACGAAUAAUUCUCACUUCUGCCCUUACAGCAAACAAACACCCCAAACGCUGUUGCCUCUUACAGGGCACAGCUGUAAGAAAAGAUACGAGGGAAUUUAAUGUAUAUAGCAAAGACACGUGCUUUCUGAGAUAAACUCCAUGGAAUAUAACUGAGGUUCAGAUAGAAACAUCGAUAUUCAGAGUUCUGAAUAAAAGCCUUCAGAGAAAAUACGCUUUGCCUCUAUUAGUCUGUACAGUUUUCACAGUGCAGAAGUUUAAAUGGCAUCACUGUGAAACAAUCCUGUGGUUCUGUUGUGGUAGUUUACUUCAAUUAGGAAAAUAUUUGAUGAGCUGAGGAAUGUGAAUAUGUGAUGACAUUAACGUGGGUGUGUGACUGACAUAAAAUGGGUACUUUGGGAGAAUUUAUGUGUAUAACUUGAAGCUUUUGCAUAUGCAUUACUGUAUGCAGAAGUGAUUUUGCUGUAUCAGUAAGUAUUUCCUCUGAGGCCUGAGAGUAGCCAAAUUCUCUGCUUGCUAUGGUUCCUAUGCAACUAGCCUCAUGGACGAUGCUCUGAGCAAUCCGUUUAGGUCACAAAUGCCCUUGUAACAACAUGUCAGCAGAGAAACAAUCACUGUGAUCUUAUGUAUGUGUAAUGGUGCUUUUGGUGACCAGCAGCUCUGAAAUGCCUGGGAACGAAGGUAGCCAGAAAUACAAAGCAAGCCCUUUAACUUUCAGUUGAAGUGCAGAGAGGUUCAUGAUGGGUGCAGCUCUACCCCACCGUAGUCUCAUUAAAAACACUGAGUGAGGGAUGCUGUGCUUCUGCAACAAAGUGAGUUGGUUUUCUGCCACUCUGGUUUGCAUAAUACCAGUCUCCGGCUUAGUUUGGGAUUUUGGACAUGUUCACGUCUUUUCCUUCAGCGCAGGGAUGUAUUUCAGGUGUGCCCUUCCAGCCCUGGCAAUGGGAGAUGGCUGGAAAUGGGUUGUGCCAAUGUAGCGCUCUGUGGUCAUAGCUCUCAUGGUACUGUCUUCUGGGGUAUAGCUGUGUCCCCAGAAAGGGACCUGAGGUCUAGUAGAGGUUAACAGAGCAAAAAAGGAGAACUUGACUGCCCCUGCUCAUGGGCCUAGAAGACCAUAAAGAUUUCUAAGCACCACAGCAACAGCUGUCCUCUUAAUAGCUUUGGGGUGUUAUUCUUGGGAAAGUUUGAAAAUGUGUGUCAUGGAGAUGGAGUACUUUUGCUAAUUAUGUUUUGUACCUGUCAAGAAGAUAAACCAAAGUUUGAUCUUGCUUAAUUUGUAUUGAAAUGCACAGGAAAGACCUGCAAGCUUAUUUGUAUAGCUGCAUCAUAUGUACAGCCACGCUUUAUCCAUACAGGCUACGGUGAAGCCUUCAAAGCAUCUGCAUUUCGGUAUGCUGUGGAUUUUAAGUAGCAUUUUGUGUUGCAGUCACCUACUUUCAAUGCUAAUCCUCUGCUAAAAUUGUCAAGACUGUAGAAUAAAAUCGUUGCUUUUAUGGUUUUAAUGGUUAA